AUGGAUACCCAGGUAGAAACUUCCGCAGGGCAGGAGUCCGACCUCGCUCAACUAUGGCAGCGAGCAGUCGAAGACUAUGAGAAAAGAACCAAGAAGAGUCUCCACAUGGCAAAGUUCAGCAACAUUGAUCAAAUCAUGAAGGGGACGGAAGGCUUGUCGAACGACUUCAAGGAUUUCCGGCAUGACCGGUCGAAAACAGACAAUGUGCGGACCGCAUUGAAAAACAACCUAUCCCUGAUCGAGAAGGUUGUCAAAACUGUUGAAGUGGUUGGAUCUGCGGCAUCGGCCUUUCCUCCUGCAAUGCCGGCUAGUUUGAUUUUCACGGCCUUUGGGCAAGUCAUGCAGGCAUUUGCCACAGUAUCUGCCGACUAUGACAAGAUCAUGGGCUUUUUCGACUUCACGCACCGUUUUUUCGACCGGCUCUCUAUGAUCGAGGAGAAAACUCCACAGCAAAAGCCAUUCCAGCGAUGUGUUGCUCGUGUCUUCUCAGGCAUGCUGACCAUUUGCUCCGUUGCCCAGGAAUAUGCCGAGAAAAAAAGAUUCAGGAAGUGGUUUAGCAAUUUGGUUGAUGGAUCGGAUGGGGCUCUUUCAGGAGCCAUGCAGGAUAUGGAGGAAGCCGUGAAUGAGCUGACCCAGGCCGUUGGGCUGGCCACUCUUCGGACGGUGGAGAUCCUGGACGAGAUUGUUCAAAGUAUGAAUGGAAACGUCGAGUUCCUUGUCGCAAAGGUCACUGUUAUCGAUGGACGAGUGGAGGCCAUCAAAUCCGAUACGGGGACGAUCAUCGAAAAAACCCAGAAGCUGGAAUUGAAGCAAGACGCCAUGAUCAAGAUGCUCGAGGAACAAUCUCAGUUAUUCAACGACGCGGUUCAAAGUUUCGAUUAUAUCCAAAUGGGGGCCAAUUUCGGCCAAAGCUUCCAGACGAGUUUGCUGAAACUGGAUGUGGUGCGGCUCCGCCUAACCCGAUGGGGUCACUCCGUCGGGCUGGCGAAAGUCGACGACGGUGUUAAACCACUCCAGAUGACGAACCUCCCCACCGAAGAUAGAGAGCAGGUCCAAGACCUUCUGGCCCAGAUUCUGGAGCUCUUUGCGGAAGCCGAGGCGGCUUCGAAGCGACUACGAAGACGCAACCCCACUGUGCCAGUGUUGGACCCGGCUGAACAGCUAGACAGUGUCUCAGCCUCACUGCACCAGAAGAUGGAAGAUCUUGCUAAGAAACGACAGGGGAAGUCUGAGUUGGAGCAGGACCAAUUGACUAUCUUGUACGAGGAGAAGAAUUUCAUCCGGCUGAUCGAAGACAUUAGCGAAUUGGUGGGCGGGUUGAUCGAUCUUUUCCCGGGAAUCCAGGAGGAACAGCGCAAGCUGUGUGAGGAAGAGGUGUCCGGAUUGAACACGAACGAAGGCAUUCUUCCGCUACUGAAAGAGGUCGCUGCUGGCCAGGACAACCUGCUGAUGUGGUGUUCUCGGGGGCCUAACUCGGGCUUCCAGAUAGGAAACAACUCCGGCAAGAUUAGCGGUGUUCGCUUUGGCAGUUCCUAA